AUGCCAGUGGAAUUCGGCAGCAGUAAGGGCAGCCUUACAAGGGAAGGUGUGUUCAUUCCAGCUUAUCAGCACAGACCUCCACGAUCGCCACCAAUGUCAAAUGAAGACCUAGAGUUCUCCAGAAGUCCGUUUGAUAAGGUUCAACUUACUAAACUUCUUAUUGACACCCUGCAUGAAAUGGGAUAUCCCGAGUCAGCAGUGUCCUUGCAAAAAGAAAGCGGAGGGAUUGAGGUAGAAUCGGGUAGCAUACAGAUGCUGUUUUCGGCCAUCAAGCACGGCCAAUUUGAAGUCAUUGACCUAAGGAUGCUCGUUAAUCUGCCAUUGCGCCGCGAGAACCUUCAGGCAUGGCUUUCGCACGAAGACCUGAGUUUGUCGCAAGAAAUUGAUACACACAGUUCCGAAACCACAGUUCGGGGUGACGAGGAGAACGCCAUGAAAAUUGACAACAUUAUAUCCCGCAACACUAAUUGGAACCGCUUCUUCAACACAAUGCAGCAAGAACUUUCGGUUUUAGAGCCUUUGGUUCAGCGCAUGGCUGAUUUUGAUGUCAGGGCGCUGAAGAGUCUCUUGGAUACGGUUGAAAUACUGGUUUUGAUCAACAAGCAAGUUUUCCUGGAACUCAUGUUCGAACAACAGGAUUCAUCGCUGGCGGUGUUCUUCUUGCGCGCAAUAUUUCGAAAGUUUAUCCAACUUUGGGAGUCUUUGCUAAUGUACCAAGAAAGUUCUUAUGCUCUAACUCCUGACGCAUUGCUGAAACAAAUGACAAGUAUACUGACAUUCCCCCUUGAUUCUGGGCAGCUUUGUGAUGUCUGGCCUGGCAAUGUGGAAAAGUCAAGGGAACUGCUCAUAAGAUCCAUUUCCAAGUAUAUUGAUCCAAAUGAUUUGGUUCCACGCGGAAGGUUGCUGACCUUACUAAGUCAAGCCAUCAAGUACCAAAAUUCGCAAGACGUGCUCAAUUUUGAUGACGACGACUACGACGACGACGUUGACAACAACAACAACAGUAAUAACAGUGGUCAUUCGGUUAGAAGCGGUUCUCGGCAUUAUAAUUUACUCCAAGACAAUAGCUCUACCUCGCACAGAAUCUCGUUUGAUACUGAAAAAAUGCUUACCCAGAAUGCCGAUGAAAUUUGGUAUCUAGAGUUUUCACCGGAUGGUAAGUAUCUUGCUAGUGCCUCUGCUGACUCUUUGACGGAUCGAAAAGUCUUGAUAUAUGAUGUAGAGAGGGACUUUCAAGUAUACAAGGUACUCGGCGGUAAUGAUCAGUGCGUACUGUACUUAUCCUUUUCUCCUGAUAGUAGAUAUUUGGUUUCGUGCCCAUUCAAUGAAGAAGCAAAGGUCUAUGAUAUUCAUCAAAAGGGGGAGCCUACAGAUCUAAACCAGGACUUCGAGGGUGCGCUGGUUGCAGAGAUCAUACAACCAUGUGAUUCUUUCAAAAUAUAUGAAGCCGAAGGUACUCCUAACGGCAACUCUCCUCGCAUUUGGUGCUGCAGCUGGUUUCACACGGAGUGGAACAGGGGCCGUUUUGCUCUUGGUUCACCUGAUCGAGAUGUGAUAGUUUAUGACAUUACUACCAAGACCAUCCUUUGCAAACUCUCGCAGCUCAUGAGCUCCACCACAGGAGCUUCACAAGAACAGUUCCCCAGAGUUCACGACCUUAAAAUAACGCAUGAUGACAAGUAUCUAAUUGUCAUGGCGCAUGAGUUUUUCGUUGACACGUACGACGUUUCGCAGUUGCCCGCAGUGCACAGUGUUGAGAGUAUAACCGACACUAAUUUGGACAUACCAGGGUGUCGCGUGUCUAAGGUCUCCCGUUUGAAUGUUGGAAAGAGAAUGACUUGUCUAACAAUUCCUCAAGCCAAAACUUUUUGCGAAUCAAAUGAUUCUCUUGUUUUGAUAAACGUUCAACCUCAUGAACUACAGCUGUGGGACUUCAAAGAGCAAAUCCUUGUACAGAAAUACUAUGGUCAAAGGCAACUGCAAUUCAUUAUAAGAUCCUGCUUCGGAUAUGAUAAUAAGCUGGUUGCAAGUGGUUCGGAGGACGGAAAAAUAUAUAUUUGGGACCGGUACCAUGGUAAUAUUGUGAGUGUAUUGAGUGGGCACGAAACUGAAAGAUCUUUAGGGCGAGGAACUACUAAGACAUUUGGAAGAAAUUGUAACAUUGUCGUUUGGAAUCCCGUCAACAAAAAAAUCUUUGCAUCUGGGGGAGAUGAUGGUCUUAUUAAAAUAUGGAGGGUUGUUAGAGGCUAA